AUGAACAAUCAGCAGUUGGUAUUUCAGACAGAGAAAGUAGAAGAUUGUAGAACAGGUAAAAGACAAGUAAUUUCAAAUAUUGAGACGUGUGAGAAGAUAGAAGAGUUCAUGGGAACUACAUUAGGACCAUAUGGACUUGACAAAUUAUUUUAUGGAGAGAAAACAAUAAUUACAAAUGAUGGAGCAACUAUUAUGGAUAUGAUUGAAUUUGAUCAUCCAAUUGGAAGAAUAUUGGCAUCAAUGAGUAAAUCUCAAGAUUCUAAGUGUGGAGAUGGAACAACUAGUAUCGUUUUGUUAGGAUGUGAAAUCUUAAGAAAUAUUAAGAAACUACUAGCUGAUAACUUUGAGAUUAAAGAUAUUGUUGAAGCUUUAAGAACACUAAAAGAACUUUGUGGGAAUAAAAUAGAAGAACUUGUAGUUGAGUAUAAUAAAGAAAACCUUGUUAAACUUGCAGAAACAUGUAUGAACUCCAAGAAUGUUAGAAAUAACAAGUCAUUCUUUAGUAAAACACUGGUAAAGAAUAUUCAUAAAAAAAUGUCAGUGGAUUCAAACAUUAAUUUUAUCUAUCAAAUAGGAGGAUCAUUUGAAGAUUCAUUUAUUUUCAAUGGAAUAGCAUUUGAGAAAACAUUCACUUACGCAGGAUAUGAACAACAACCUAAAAUGAUUGAGAAUCCAAAAAUUGCAUUUAUAAAUAUUGAAUUAGAGUUAAGAAGUGAGAAAGGUGACACUAAAUUUGAACUUACAUCAGUUGAUGAAUACAAAAGAUUUGUAGAUGCCGAAUACAAGAUAUUAACAGAUAAAUUAGAUGUUUGUAUUGAAAGUGGUGUAAAUGUUGUAUUGAGUUCACAGCCAAUAGGAGAUAUUGCAACCCAGUAUUUUGCUAAACAUAAUGUGUUUUGUGCAGGAAGGGUAGAAAAUUUAGAUCAAAUAGCCACUGCUUUAGGUGGAAAAGUGACGAGUAUUAUUGAAUUACUUUUCUUAGGUUCAGCAGAUUUAUUUGAAGAAAAACAAUUAGGAAAUAAGAGGUUUAAUUUUUUUACUAAAAAGAAAUCAGAGAUAAAAACAUUUAUAGUACGAGCACCUACUACUGAAAUUUUAUCAGAAGUUGAAAGAAGUUUACAUGAUACUGAAUUUGCUAUUAGAUCUGCAGUGGAAUCUAAAAAGAUUAUAACAGGGGGUGGUUCAGUUGAAAUGGAAUUAAGUAAAGCUAUAAGAGAAUAUUCAAUUACAAUAAAUGAUAAUAGGAGGUUUAUUUAUGCGGCUAUUGGACAGGCAUUAGAGAAAAUUCCAACACAACUAAGUGAGAAUUUUGGACAGGAUGCAAUUGCUACUGUACAAAGAUUGAGAAUGUUUCAUUCCGAAAAUCCUUUUUAUGGAGUGACAAUAGGAGAGCCAGCAGAUAUGAAAGUACUUGGUGUGUUUGAACCAUUGAAUGUAAAGUUAAAUGCCAUUUUAGGAGCAUUUGAAAUAGCAGAAUUAAUAAUUCAAAUUGAUGGAACAUUAAUUUCUAAAUAA